AUGUAUCCGACCGUCGCACCGUUUCCCCCGGUUCAACCGCACCACCGCAUACACUAUAAUACCGACACCCUGAACCAGCACAUGUACGAUGCGAACGAACAACUCCCCGUCCGCAACGACCCCUCCAAACCUCCCUUUAAUACAAUACCACGAUCGCGCAUCCAACUACCCCAUCCCGUUCAACGCCUCGAUCCUCGCGAUGGGUCCAGCUAUAGCUCUAGCGCAAAUGUGGCCGAACACACCCUGAGGAGGAAAACCCCCAACGGAACUCUGGCUGCGGGGUAUGAUGGAACCCUUGGCGAUACCAUCCAGCUACCAGCAUCCAAACAUAUCUUAGUUUCGCCAAUGGAACCGGGCCAGUUCAUCUCCCCUCAACAAGGGAUGCAGUCCGAAAAUUGGCAGCUCAUGUUGGACCAGUCAGCAACCAAACAAAUGAAUUUCCCACCCGUCUUCAAAAAUGACCCCGCAGGCAAUACAAUUCAAGGAGAAGUCGUUCAAGAUGUGAAUGGGACGAGCUGGGUCCGUCCGGUUAAUUAUCCUCCGGGCGUUGACUCCAUGUUGAACCAAACUUUACCCCUGCAGCCGUCUCAGCGAUUUCUCUUACAGAAUGGGCAAUAUGUGCCCACAGUCCUACCGGCAACCCUGCAAUCAUGCCUCGGACCAACUGCUUCAGCAGGUACUGGGCCAUUCGGUCCAUAUUGGCCGGAUGGAGUAUACAUCCCAUAUCGUCCUGCGGCAUUUCGUGAUGCGCGUUUUGAAUCCCCGACGCCCUUUACAAAGCAGAUGAGCCAGACUUUCUACGACCUCAACCAGCAAGCCUUUAACCAAGCUCAGGUUCCGCUGGACAGCCACGCAGAUUCGGGGCUUGCGUGGGGGCACUCCAUGCCUGGUUUGCCUACUCAGGACUCUUCGAUGAAACCCCUUUUCCCACCGCGUCACUCUGACCAAUUACCUUUCCACGUUCGAGCCAACCGUCCUCUAUCAGGUCUUCCACCGCAGCCCCUGAGCAAUGAACCCACGAAUUGGUCGAAUCGCCCACUACAUGGAUUCCAGCCUCCAGGCCCUGCAGUGGUAGUGAACGCGGAUUUCAAGGAGAAGGUGUUGUCUGAGGCUCAUGGUGUCUAUGUCGACCUCCUCGCAACCAUCCACCAGGCCCGGCGCAACAGUAUUAGUAACGCUGCCGUUGACGGUUACCCCCGAUUCCUGAAGCCGAGUAUCUACCCUAAACCCCCACGGCAACCGGGUCUCGACUUUUCACAAGCCCCUCCACCAGACCUCACGCGUCAUAACAGUUACCCAGCUAGCCAAUAUGACUUGCAACGCCAUAAAUUUAAUGCGGGCAGUCAUAGGUCGAACGAUUCUACAUCUAUUCCUCGUGCCCAAACUCGCCGCCCAUCCUUAAACCAAUUCGCGCAUAGCAGAGGGUCGGAUACCCAUAUGCUCGGAUUGCGUGACAUGGGCUGUCCUCCGGGAGUGUCGCCUUUCACCAGGGCUCGUGGCUCUCUUUUCAACGAGGGAUCGCCUAUGUCUAAUGCUGCAUCUGCUUUGUCAAUGUUGUCUGACUUGUGUGCGGAAAGCCGUUGGGAAUGGAUCGACGGAAUGCUUCUCGGGGGUUGUUUAGCCUAUGGCUUGGGUGAUUAUCACAAAGCCGUGCGAUGGUACUCUAGGAUUAUAGCUCGUGACUCGACACACGUGGAAGCUAUCUCCAACCUUGCUGCUACCAUGUUGGCACUCGAUCGCCGAGAGGAGGCUUCGCAAAACUGGCUGCGAGCCGUGCAACUACGGCCGAGCUUCUUUGAAGCUGUCGAACAUCUGAUUGGUUUACUAUGCAAUAGCCACAGAGGCAGGGAAGCUGUCAACAUCAUUGAUUUUGUCCAGACUUCCCUUCGUCACCCCAAAGACGGCGAUUGCUUUAAGACAGAUGAACACGCUAGCGAACCCGAGAGCGACGCCGAGAGCAACGUAUCUGAUGUGUGCAUGUUCGACAAAGCGUCUUUCGAGUAUGAUGACGAGAUGGGACAAACACAGGGAAUGGAACCUAGCUCACCGGAUGCCAAACCCCUUGGUUUUGCGAGCAGCGGAUAUGCAAUUUCAGGUGCGGAGAACGGGAGAAUGCUAGCUUUGGUUCAUGCCAAAGGUAAUAUGCUCUAUGCUCUCGGUGAUAAUGCGGGUGCUGCAGUGGCAUUUGAGGAUGCCAUUCUCAUCGCUGCUGGCCGAAGGCGACAUGGCAUCCAAAGCAUCAUCAAGCAGAUUUUUGCUGCCUUUUCUGCCCCUCCGGGUAAUGGGUACCCUCAAUCCGAGCAUGAGUCCCAGGAGAGCAUCCUGCUCUAUCCCGAUACAGCAUUGAAAACCGCCAAACUUGUUUUCCCAGCAGGCGGCAUGCCGCCGGGGCUCCAAUACGUCGCCGAAGGUAUUGCUCGCAAUGCAGCCACUUCCACCACCAGCAAUUCUCUCCUUUCAUUGGCGAAAAUUUACCAGGAUGGCAUGUCCAGCGUGGGUUCCUCAGGAACAACCAGGUCUUCCCCUGGUGUCCGGGAUAUUUUGGCUCUCUAUUAUCUUUCCCUCUCCCUACAACCUAGCCCAUCCACUGCAAAUAAUGUUGGCAUUUUGCUGGCUGGCAUUCAAAACAACCCACCAGCAAGAGGCUUGGUGCGUUCGAAUGGUGAGACUCAGCACCACCUGGAGAUCCCUGGAGUCGUCCCUGGGAGUGGAAUAUCCCUGGCCUUGGCGUACUACAACUAUGGCUUGCAUCUCGACUCGCGACAUGCCCAUCUGUAUACCAACCUCGGCAGCCUGCUCAAGGACAUUGGGCAGCUUCACGCCGCCAUCAAGAUGUACGAGCAAGCAGUUCACUGCGAUGGCAACUUCGACAUCGCUUUGGCAAACCUGGCCAAUGCUGUCAAGGAUAGUGGUAAGGUCAACGAUGCCAUUGUAUACUAUAAGCGCGCUGUCAAGGUAAAUCCCGAGUUUGCGGAGGCAGUUUGCGGAUUAGCAAAUGCCUUGAAUUCUGUCUGUAACUGGGUAGGUCGUGGUGGCGUCGUCAACGCCCGUGGCUUCCGAGAUCGAUGGCAUGUUGAUGAGAAAGGGAUGCUUCGGGAUUCAAUCAACAUCGACACGGGCUCUGGAUGGAUCAAGCGAGUAGUGGACAUUGUCGACCGACAGCUCAAAGAAGGCGAAUAUUGGGGCCGUGGCAUGUUGACUACGAGCACGGCAGAGCAAUUGUGCCUGCAACUGGCUCCCGCUUUGGAGUCUACUCGCUUUGCUUCUAGUCAUCGCAUGUCUCUGACAAAGCUCUUCCAGUCUUGGGCCGGACAGAAAUGGGAAGGGUCUCGACUCGUACGUCUCGUCGAACGAGCUAUCCGGUCUCUCACUUGGCAGUGGUAUCAAGACCGUUAUGUCUUCGGCAAAGAUUAUCCUCUUUCUAAGUAUCGUCGACCUCAACUCCCUGGAGGUCUUUCGGCCCCGAAUGCACCUACCGUUCUGCCUUUCCAUACCUUCACUUGUCCCCUGUCGGCGAAGCAAAUCCGUCAGAUCUCCCAGCGCAAUGGACUACGGAUUUCAACCUCGACCCUCAGACUCCCGUGGCUGCCACCUACCGUCUUCCCUCCACCGUCUCCGCCUAGUCCAUACCUUCGAGUUGGUUACGUGUCAUCGGACUUCAACAACCAUCCUCUGGCACAUCUGAUGCAGUCUGUGUUUGGGCUGCAUGAUCCCUCCCGUGUCAAGUCAUACUGUUACGCUACGACACCCAGUGACAAAUCGGUGCAUCGCCAGCAGAUUGAAAAAGAGUCUCCGGUCUUUUACGAUGCGAGUGGAUGGCCGGUUGAUCGACUAGUCCAGCAGAUUGUUGCGGAUGGGAUUCACAUCCUGGUUAACUUGAACGGCUACACGCGAGGAGCUCGCAACGAGGUCUUUGCUGCACGCCCAGCCCCUAUCCAUAUGUCAUUCAUGGGCUUUGCAGGCACCCUCGGUGCUGAAUGGUGCGACUACAUCCUUGCUGAUCAGCUUUCCAUUCCACCGGAGACAUUGAGCCCUGGACGGCGCACAACACGGAUCGAGGAUCGUCUCCUAGAAGAAGACAAUGGCGAGGAACUCGAGGACUGGGUUUACGGAGAGAAGAUUGUUUUUACCCGCGAUACCUUUUUCUGCUGUGAUCACCGACAGAGUGCUCCAGAUGCUGGCGAAAAGCACGUAUCAUGGGAAGAAGAACAAGCCCGGCGCUGGAGAAUGCGCAAAGAAUUAUUCCCCAAGUUGAGUGACGAUACUAUCAUCUUGGGUAAUUUCAACCAGUUGUACAAGGUUGAACCCACGACGUUCCGAAUAUGGCUGCGCAUACUAGCGCGAAUCCCCAACGCUGUUCUCUGGCUCCUCCGCUUCCCAGACACAGGUGAACAAAAUCUGCGAGACAUCGCUAAAGCCUGGGCCGGCGAAGAGACAGCAUCGCGGAUCAUCUUCACGGACGUAGCUCCAAAGAACACACACAUCGCGCGAGCGAAGAUCUUAGACUUGUUUCUCGACACGCCAGAAUGUAACGCCCACACUACAGCUACAGAUGUCCUCUGGAGCGGCACCCCGCUACUUACUCUCCCGCGCUAUAAGUACAAAAUGUGUUCCCGCAUGGCGAGCAGUAUUCUCAGUAGCGCGCUACCCAACUCCGAAGUUGGCCAGCGCGCCCGUGAAGAUCUCAUUGCGUCGUCGGAUGAAGACUACGAGAAUAAGGCUAUCCGUCUAUGUCUGGAUCUGCAGUACUCUGGUCACGAGGGCUACGCCCGCGGCCGGCUGGCGGAUAUCCGGCAGAUACUAUUCCGGGACCGCUAUAAGAAUAAGCUCUUCGAUACGGCGCGCUGGGUGCGCGAUCUGGAGAAUGCUUAUGAGGCCGUCUGGGCGCAGUGGGUUAACGGCGAAGAAGGUGAUAUCUGGUUAUGA